GAUAACUGCCCAUCACAAAGUUAACCACCGUGUGUAAAAACGUCUUCGCGCUUGAGUCGUCAAGAAUAUGGCGGCGAUCCACGUCAUUCUCGUGUUGCUCGCCGUCUUCCAGGGUGGAUCUCUGCAGCGAACAUACAGCGAAGCCUCGACUCAGGAACUUUUGGAGAGUGUGUUUGUAGCGAUAGAGAAAUUGUCAGCGUUCUUCAAAAGUGAUUACAGUCAGGUGAAUGUAGACGGGUUAUUUGGUCUGCGACUGGGUCAAGGUCAGCUUAUUGCUGCUCUUAAGGAAGGCGGAGAUUUGACCUAUGACCUGGCGAGCCGUCUAGAGGCGCUGGAAGAAGAGGUAGAAUUCACGUGUCAGCAGGUGUUACCUUACGUUGAAGCGCGAGACGAAGAGUACUUCAAACGUUUCCGGUUGACGGUGGAGGACCCUUACAUGCUGCCGUACACCCCCAUUGAUCUCCAUCCACCCGCCACAAACCGCACUAUCACCGACACGACAUCUUACAACGAGGAAGCAGGCGAUAUCUGCUUGUCCAAGAUCAUGGGAACUUUCGUGCACGACGACGUGCCAGUUCCAGUGUGCACUUCCGACGAGGACUGUUUUCAGAUGAUGACGAAACAAGGAACUACGGGUUAUACCUUAACACACCAGCUCCUCUACUUCAUACUCGGUCACAAGAUGGACUGUGAGCGGGAACUACAGGACGUUGCCGGACAGGAAGUGGACAUAGCGGACAUAGAGGCCCGGAUGUGUGAGGAGAUAUACCAAGAUGCACUGCAGCUGAUUCAGGAUGGAGAUGUACCGAGCGGCGAUCAGGAUCUCUUUAUGGAACAAAUUUCUCUCUGUGGAGUGCUCGGGUUUCAGAAUUUCAUGAGAUCAGACUGGAUGAAGAUGGUACUAAAAUGGCCCAGCUCCGAGGGCUGCUUUACCCUUCAACUGACCCCACAACAGGAGAAUGUUGCUCGUCAGAUGAGGAGUCUCAUGAGCGGGCUGAAGAAGAAGGUUGACAGACAAAGAGCUGAGAGGUCAUGUGAUCAGCCGAACCCGCCCACAGGACGGAAGUUACUUCGAGAAUUCCCGAUGAGAGAUGGUUGCAUGGCCCACAAAUCCGGCCUAGGAUUCAGUACUCUGGCUACCUACCUUAGGCAUCUCUUAAUGAGUGUUCCUCGGAAUAAAUGAUGAUUACCGUGAAGAAACCGUUCUAUCUCGUGAAUAA